AGCAAACAAUAAAUAAACAUCAAACAGCGUAACCACAGCAGCAGGUACUUUUCAGGGUUUUCAGUUCCAGUUCGAUUUCGACAUCCCCUGGCACCGGCUCUCUCUCUUUACACUGAACAUCCGAAAUAGCAUUUGAAAAAUUAGCGGCAAGUCUACUGGUUUCAAAUCUUCCGGUUUGAGAAUUCUACCGGAGACAUCACAGGAUUUGCAAGACAUUAGAUGGUAUCGCCGCGCAAGCCGGCAUCCUCCUUAAGCUCAGCACCCCGCGCGGCGACCAGCAAUCUGAUGGCAGCUUCAGCCAAGAGCUGCGAGAGCCUGUUCUCGGCCAGCUCCCGGGAAUCGGCCAGUUUGAUCUACCAACGAAAACAGGCGCCGGCCCAUCGAGGCGCAAUGAAGGGAUCUGGCAGCGGGAAUAUCCGUGGCCCCAACAUGGUGACUCAGAACCACAGCGAGAUCCAUCAGCGGGUCAUGUCGGCCAGAAAUCUGCGGGCCAAGACUUUCCAGAAUCAACUGGCCGAUGCCCAGGCGGAGAUCGCGAAUCUUGCCCAUGAAAACAGGAUGCUCCGGACCCUCCACAAACGCCAGUCGUCGGCACUGAACAAAUACGAGUCCAACAAUGCAGAGCUGCCCCAGCUACUCCACUCCCAUGCCGAGGAGCUCCGAGUGUGGCAGACGAAGCAUCGCAACUUACAGGCGAUUAACAAGGACCUGGAGCAGAAGCUGAAGCAGAAGGAAGCCAUUAUCCUGUCGCUGAGCGACCAGAACAAGCACUACAGUCAGCUCAACAAGGACAAAAAUCUCGAUGAGCGCCAAAAGCUACAGGAGAAAUUGCGCUCCCUGGAACAGCGCCUGGAGGAAAAGGAUAACGACAUGAAGCUGAUGGCACGAAAAGUGCAACUGGAAUCCAAGAACUUCCGCCAGCAGCUUCUCAACGAGCAGAAGAAGUGCAAGGAGGUGAUGCUGAAACUCGAAAAGGCCAAACUGGAGGUCAGUGGCUACCGCAAGCUCGAAGAGUACACACUUGGAACCGAUAAGGUGAACCCUCUGGCCUCAGGACGCCGGACCAAGCUGAGCGGGGUGGCUGAGGAGCCGGAUAAGAUCGACAAGCUGGAGAAGUCUCUGGAGAUGCUGGACAAGGCGAUCGAGAAGAACAAUCAGUGCGAGUUCAACGCUUUAACAGAUGUUCUGGAAUCCGAGUCAUUCUUUGAUUUCGAAAACAAUGACGGAGAGGACAAGAGUGCGCCCAAUUCUCCGCCGGCUCAGCCGGAGCGCCAGGCCACCGGUAGCAAGAGCAAUAAACUCACCCUGCCGCCGGCCACCAACCCGGCCAAGAUGAACCACACCCAGAGCCGGUCCACAUUGAGCCAAGUGCUCUCGGCUCAGGGCAAGACUCCACUGGCCACCGGAAAAAACAGCCGCGGCAGGCUGGGAUCAGGAGCUACGGUUCUGGUGCCACCACCCAAGACAGAUAGCUUGCCGGCCAGCAAGCGUCGCGAUCCGGAUACUCUGUCCAAGAUGUCGUCCGCAAAUACGGGCAAGAGCAAGCAGCAGUCUUUGAAGUCCGUGGAGUACGAUUACGAGGAUGAUUAUGAGCCGGCUGGCGAGGAUGAUGAAGAGGAUUCCUUCGGGAUUAUGAGUAAGAUGGAGGGAAUGGAGCCGGAGGAUAACAGCGACGAAAAUGUCAACGAUGCCAGUCUGGUUAACUAUGCCAACUACAUGGAUGCCAAGAGUAGCGAGGGUGAUCUGUUGGAGGAGUUCCUCGAGGAGGACGACGAUGGCACUGACGGCCAGCAAACUCAGCGCAGCGAUGAGUCACAGGAAAGCAGUAUCCGUGCUCCGCGCCUCAAGGAGAACAUGUCCAGCAUUCGCAAGCAGAUCUCCGAUGACUACAAGGAGCGCGAGAGCUUCCUGAAGACGUUCUGCCGUCAGGCCAGCAGCAGCAACAUGCGCGACGAUCCGGCGUCCAAGAAACGCAACAGCAUCGCCGGUGGUGCAGCGGCCAGUGGCCACAUGACCGGCAGCCGGAAGCAUGCCCUUCUGGCGGCCCUCAAGACGAUCGACGAUAACAAGAGCCAGGACUAGAGCACACACACUGUUCGUUCUAGUUUCCAAAAAAAUCCAAAUAUUGUCCAGUUCAAGUUAGUACCUAAGCGGUGUUGAGUUAUAUAUAUAUAUAUUUUUCAAGCAGAGCCCGGUGCUUCCGGUCCAGUUGGAGCAACUGCAGCAGCCACUGGACAAGCUAUUGCAGGUAUGGUGCUCCGGUGGUGGCUGCAGUUGCUCCCACGUCGGAACACGAAGGGCGUUGAGUAAAUUUUAAUUGAAAAUAA